AAGAGUGAAAAAGUAGAAUGAUUAAGUUGUUGCUUGGUUUGUUUGGAACGGGGGCUGUUUAGCAGUUUAACAGGAGUUGUGAUAGUGAUCGGCCUUUGUUAAAUCUUUGUAACUAUGUGUAAUGAGAAACUCCCUGGAAGGAGAAUCUCCUAGUUGUUACAAUACAGACACAAGUUUUUCCGAAGACUUCUAUGCUGUUGUGGAGUGGGCAUGCAAGAUUGAUCCUUUAUGCUGCAUAUCAAUGCACGGAAUAACAGAACGCUAUCUCUCUGGUCAAAAAGCUGAUGCAGCAAGAUUUGUCCGCCUUUUGCUUGGUGACCUUGAGUCUCGGAUAUCUACGAUGUUUGCUCGUUUUGUUGAUGACGCUUGCCAUCAGAUUGAAAGAAGUGAACGCAAUGUUCGCCAAAGUGUCCUACCCUACAUUCCCAGAUUUGCAACCCUUGCAACACGGAUGGAGCAGUACAUUGCUGGCCAGUCCAGGGAUUUGGUUGACCAAGCGUACACAAAAUUUGUUAGCAUAAUGUUUGUAACUUUGGAAAAACUUGCACAAACAGAGCCAAAGUAUGCAGAUAUUUUUCUUAUAGAGAACUAUGCUGCUUUUCAGAAUAGUUUGUAUGACCUAGCCAAUGUGGUGCCUACUUUGGCCAAGUUUUAUCAUCAAGCUAGUGAAGCGUAUGAGCAAUCAUGCUCGCGCCAUAUUAGCAUGAUUAUCUAUUAUCAAUUUGAACGCCUUUUCCAGUAUGCUCGAAGGAUUGAGGACUUGAUUUUCAAUAAUCUUUCACCUGAAGAGAUUCCUUUCCAGCUUGGGUUGUCAAAAGUGGAUUUUCGGAAGAUGCUAAAGGCCAGUUUGUCUGGGAUGGACAGGUCCAUUGGUGCAAUGUAUAAGAAAUUGCAGAAGAAUUUGACUUCAGAGGAACUGUUACCUUCCUUGUGGGAUAAAUGCAAGAAGGAUUUUGUUGAUAAGUAUGACAGUUUCGUCCAACUUGUGGCCAAGAUUUACCCUGCCGAGUCAGUACCUACUACACAAGAAUUGAAGGAUCUUUUAGCUAACAUGUAAAGGUUUAUCUGUGUAUACAUUUUCUCAUUCUUUUUUUACUAAGAUCAAAUGUAAUUUACUUAAUAAA